GACAGAAACACGCCGAUACACCGACUGCCGGACGACGAGGAUUCGUUUCCAGUUAUCCACGAAAGGGAAUUGCAUUCGCUACACCGGAACAUACCUGCCCUGAGGAGACGGGACGUUGAUACAGCGACGAUAAAACAACACUAUUAUCCCGAAGGCGGUUGGGGGUGGUUGGUUUGCGGGGCGGCGUUUCUGGCUCACCUCCUGACCUCCGGCAUUCAAUUCUCCUACGGGCUGCUCUACCUCUACACCAUCAAGUUUCUCCUGAAGAAGGUCCAGGACUACGAUAUCUACAUACUCGGCGCCGCUUGGAUGGGAGCCCUUUGCCUGUGCGUGUCAUUCCUCACAUCGCCUCUAAUCGUCGCAAUCUGCAGAAGAAAAUCGGCCCGAUUAGCAGCCUUCCUCGGCGGAUUGAUAAUCUCAUUAGCAUGCUUGUUUACCUCGUUUGCAGUGCAAUUUCACCAGGCUUUGUUAAGUUACGGCGUCGUGUUGGGAAUCGGAGCCGGUAUAGUGAGAGAAGCCUCGACCUUAGUGCUGGGGCAUUAUUUCAAACGAAGAAGGGAAUUCGUGGAAAUGGUGGCGCAAUCCGGCGCCGGCGUCGGGGUGGCUUUAUUUUCCGUUCUUUAUAAGGAGGCGAUAGGCAAAUUAGGUUGGAGAUUAGGCCUGCAGGCGGUGACUGGCUUGUUGUCGCUGACCUUCUUCCUGCCCAUCGUGUACAGAUCCGCCAAUUUGUACCAUCCCCAAAGGCGGGCGAUAACUCACUUGAAGAACCAACGGAAGAAGAUGAAAGAGAAGAAAUCGCACGCGAAGAUACCGAAACCUCCGAUGUUCGAUUUCAGUCCGCUCAAAAGCAAAGGGUUAAGAGUACUUAUGAUCGCCUGUGCCUUCGCUGCAUUAGGAAUAUACGCGCCGAUUUUUUAUCUGGUUUACCAAGGCUACAAGGAAGGGCUGGAAGACAGCGGAUUGGUCGUCCUGCAAACCUUCAUGGGCUUCGCCUCGGCUUUAGGUUGCGUAGGCUUCGGCUUGGUCAUCAUCAAGCCCAGCACGCAGUGCCUCAUAUCGAGGCAGUACCUCUGCCAAACGGCCAUGGUCGGGAUGGGCAUUUCGCUGCUGGCGUUGAGCGCCGUCCAAGGGUACCACGGGUACGUCCUGUUCGUCUGGCUGUACGGCAUCUGCUUGGGCGGGUACAACUACGCCUUGAAAAUGUUCACCCUCGAACGGAUCAAGGGCAGGCACUUCACCAAGGCCUGGAGUUUUAUCCAAGGCGCCAAAGCCAUACCAGUUUUAGUCGGGAUUCCCAUUACCGGUUACAUUAACCAAACCUACCCGAAGGCCGGCUAUUACUUCAGCUUCGUGACCACCAUCAUAGGAGCGAGCCUGAUGUUCCUAGUCGGUACCCGCAAGGAGCACCAUCAGCUCACCAACAGCAAUUCGACCAACUGCAAUCUGAACAACUGCGCCGUCGCCAACAUGAACGAGUGCAUCUGCGGCCUGGGGCCCUACAACCCCAUCUUCGCCUCCGACGUGUCGGGCUACAAUUUCUACAGGCCCGGCGCCAACCACUACGAGCGGAUAUUCCCGAGUUGUCCCGAUCAGUGCGAGAAGACGUCGCUGCACCGGCACUCGUUCCGCCACCAUCGGAGGGACUCCCAGCAUCGGCUGACGCUGCCGAAGAGCCUCUCGUACGCGGCCAAUAUCAAUCAUUCGCCGUAUUACGCGCCGCCUGGCGGGUGCGUUCGGUACGCCAGUUUGCCCAGGGCUAAGAGGGGCGCGCUCAGGCCGAGCAAGAGCGUUCCCGAGGGAUUGGCCCGGUGGGAAUACUGCGGGGCUUAUAGGAGGCCCAUCAUUAGAAACGUGCAGGUGAUUGAGCAGAUUACCACGUCUGUGUAA